AUGCCUGGUGCCGGCUCAAGAGGCAUUAGCCUCUUAGUUUGGAUUGUUGUCUUCACCGUUGUCGAUGCUUCGUUUUUGUGUCUGCGAGCUUGGUCAGCGAGGGUGAUGAGGAGAUCAUUCUAUUGGGAUGACGGGAUGAUCAUCUUCGCCUUUCUCAUCCUCGCCAGUGGUGUUACAUGGCUUCUGGGAACCGUCUUCAUCAAGAUGGCCAUCUUGUGGCUGUACACUAGAAUCUUUUCCACGGCAAAGUUCAAGCGCUGGUCGCAUAUUCUCAUGGGCGUGACGGGAGCCUACGGUGUCGCGUUCCUUAUCCUCUUUAUGAGUAGAUGCUCGCCCAUGUCUCAGCAGUGGGCGCCGGUCGAAGGUGGUCACUGCCGCGAUAUCACUGUCGACCAGCUCGUCUCGGUGACCAUCAACAUCGUCGUCGACAUCGCCAUGACCGCACUGCCGAUGCCGGCGCUCUGGGGUCUUCAGAUGCCCCUUAGGAACAAGAUCGCCGUCAGCGCCAUGUUUGGCAUGGGUUUUGCAACUAUCGCAAUCAUGAUUUGGCGUCUAGUCAACACGGUCACCACCAUCGGUGACCUCGACUUUGUCUACAACCUGCACGACAUUGGCCUCGUCAGUCUCCUCGAGCUCUGGAUCGGGAUCAUCAUCGCAUGUCUGCCGACCCUGGGUCCUCUCUUCAAGACCUAUGUCAAGCCGGCCGUCUCCAAAUUCGGCUCCAAGCUGACGAACCCGUCAACGGACAAGGGCGGCCAGAUCAACCUCAAGGAUUUGACGAGCAGCAGCGGCGGCCACAGCAUCCGCCACCCCCGUCGAACGUAUGACAAGCUUGGCGACAAUACCUCCGUUGUGGACCUCGAGCGCGCCGAGCUGACGACAAAGUGUCAGUUCUCGCCAGGAGCCGAGGCCCCCAGAGGUAGCAGGCCCGUCAUCUAUGUUCAUCAGGACAUUGCGUCGCAGGAGACUUGGAAGCGAGGGGCGCAGGCUUGA